CGGUAAUGCAACUUCCUCACACAAAGUUUACCGGUCAGAGGCGGAAGUUGAUCCAAACCACCGCUCGCCUUACGUUCUUACGUUAGCCGACAAUGGCUAAACAUCAUCCAGAUUUGAUAUUUUGCAGAAAACAAGCCGGUGUUGCUAUCGGGAGACUUUGUGAGAAAUGUGACGGUAAAUGUGUCAUCUGUGAUUCCUAUGUGAGGCCGUGCACGCUGGUGCGCAUCUGUGAUGAGUGUAACUACGGCUCCUAUCAGGGACGCUGUGUCAUCUGCGGCGGGCCCGGCGUGUCUGAUGCCUACUACUGUAAAGAGUGCACCAUCCAGGAGAAAGAUCGAGACGGCUGUCCUAAGAUUGUGAACUUGGGCAGCUCAAAAACGGAUCUGUUUUAUGAAAGGAAGAAGUAUGGCUUCAAGAAGAGGUGAAGACGCCACGGCCCAGUCCUUGUUUUAGUUUUCCAGCUUUUGCAAACUUUUUUUUUUUGACUUGUCAAUAAAACUCUGUUUUAUA